CAGUUAUCUGUGGGCAAGUGCUAAAAGUAGCCAGAUUGAGCCUUGCUGUUAUAAUUUAAACUUCAACAAGGUGUGCGAACAACUGCAAACAACUGCUGGAGGUACCUGGUCUUCAGAAACAGGAGAGAUUUCUUAACAUGAAGGCUGUCCUGCUGUAUCUUUGCUUCUGUAGCCUCGCUUGGGCUCAAUCAGAGCUUCAGACCCAUUACAGAAAAGGAAAGCAGAGAUGUGUUGGGGAACAUCAGAUAACAGUCAAAAGCCGUCAUUCCAAGCAUGGGUUUUACAUAUUCAAUUAUAUGUAUUCUUCUUCAAAGCCAAACAAUCAAACACAGAUUAAGAAGGAAGACAAUGUGCAUAUUUCCAAUCCUAUUCCUGAUCCUAUUCCGGAAUCCAGAGGUGUGAUUGACAGUCUUACUGAAAUUGCACAAGUGACAAAUGAUAAGGAAAAACAUUUAAGUGAAACGGGAAAAGACAGCCCGAAAAGAGCUCCUGAAAACAAUCAGAAUUUGAUUGGACAACAUGGGAACAUUAGAAACUGGGAUCUGGAUCAGCAUCCUGCAGAAUUUUUUGAAGAUAAAAGAAGGGAUGAAUUUUCUACUGGAUAUAGUACUGGCGAAAUAGAAGGAAGUGGGAAUCAUUUCCCUGAUCAAGUUGACUUCCAUCAUGCUGGCCCUAUUGGUAAUAAGGACCAUGAGGAAGAUAAAAACUACCAAGUCAUGGUGAAAGAGAAAGGUAUUCAUUCUGAGACAGCCAAUAAUAACAAGUCAAUAAAUCACAGCGAUAUCAAAAUUGGAGUAAAAGAAAAUGAUGCCAGAGUCUCUCCAGAAAUAGAGAUUUUCUUGCCUAAGAAAGCUAAGGACAGUUCCAUUGAUCUGUUACACAAGGGCAAAAACGAUAGAGAAACUUCCAAAUUAGCUAGCCAUCUUUAUGUACAAAGCAAUCUUUCUACAGAGGUCCUGGAGAAAAUUGAACCCAUAGGAACCGGAAACAAUUACAUUAAUAUUUCAAAGUCUAGUGAAAUUAAAGUAUCUAAUGAAAAAAGUAUUAGCAAUGCAACAGUGUACAAGAAAGAGGGAGAUGAAUACACUCUGAUCAUUAGUAAAUUGAAUAGGCCAAUGGAUACAUCUAAAAUUAGCAAACCACAUGACAAGGUUGAAGUGAACAUCAAUACCAUUAGUAACAGCCAGGUGCAAGAAAUUAAUGUUAACAAGGAACAUAAGAAAGAUGGAACAACUGAAGAUGUAAUUAGGGGGCAAUCCAACAAAUAUAUGGAAAUAGCCGUUCCUUCCAGAAAACAUAAGAAGGAUUAUGGGAUAGUUGAUAUCAGAGAAAGGCUAAGAAAUCAAGAGGUUAAUCCUGAUAAAACAAACAAAAAUCAAGUUACAUUGAAGGGAAAGCUUAACAGUCUUGUUGGUAGGUUUGAAGUUACCAAACCGCCUCUGAAGGGUCAAGUUACUUUCCUUACAAGAAUUUCUGACAAUGGAAGAGCAGAUCCUAAUGCAAAAGAACAAAGCAAGAAGAGUACCCUUAAAGUUGCUUUCCCCAAUGAAAAGCCUAAAGAAGAUGUUGGUUUCACCAAAACGUUUCAAAAAGAACUUGCCAAUCAUGAGAAGAUCAACAGAAACAAUGACAGAGUCUCACUGAAUGAUCCUGAAGUGAACAAGAAAAGCCAAAAGAGAUUUGGCGUUACAUUUCAAAACAUUGAUAACAAAGAAAAUACCAAUUUCCAGGUAGGUACUGGAAUGGUUGCAGAACUCAAGAGGAGUAAUACUAUAGAAUCUUCCAAGACAAAGGUAGAAUAUCAGGGUGAAAAAGCUGUUGAGUACAAAAAUGCCCUUUCUUUAUCUCACAGAUCUCAUAACAAUAUACCACAUGUUGCUCAUAUUCCCAAAAAUGGUCACCUUGAAGCUCAAGGACAUUUUUUGUCCACUGUGAAGAAAAAAGUUCCAAACACAGGCAAAAAAUCUGCUGAAGUUAGUCCUGGAGCACAUAAAAGCUAUGCAGCUAAGCCGCAUCACAGACACGUCAUUUUGAGGAGAAAGAGCAGUCAGCAUUACAAAAAGCAGCCAUCAGGGAAGAAAGUCCAUGUAAGUGAUAGCAGCCAAUCCUCCGAGAGUAAAGAAAAUAGCCGGAAUGACAGUCACCAGUCCAAAGAUUAUCAGAACGACCAGCUUGACAGUUACCGGUCAUCUGAAAGUGUUGAAAUUGACUUGUCUGCUGAAAGGAAUCUGAGUGACGAUCAUAGCCACAUGAAAGAAUCAAUGACUGCCUCUCAAGAAAAUUCCAAGGAGCUCAAAAGUACCGAUUAA